AUGCUGCUGUCUCCUCAGGCAGAGAGGAACUGGGAGGAUAUAUGUUCAGUGCUCGAAGAUGUGCUGGAGGACCAGUCCCACAGGCAGCUGUUCGCCUUAGAGCUGGGCUCUGGAACCGGGCAGCAUGUCAUACGCUUUGCCCAGAAACUGGCAUUUGUCACCUGGCAGCCAUCAGACAUCAAAGAAGAUUAUCGGGACAGUAUUAAGGCAUAUAUUGCUGCAACCCAUGCAAAGAAUGUGCUGCAGCCUGUCCACCUGGAUGCCAGUGAACCGUGGGAGCAAUGGGCAGGCCUUCCUCGCAACUCCUGUGAUCUGAUUCUUACCAUUAACUUAAUGCAAUACAGCACCUUCAAAACAGCACAGGGUAUUUUUAAUGGAGCAGGUCAGAUCCUCAGGCAAAAUGGCCAUUUGAUAACGUAUGGGGUGUAUGCUAUUAAUGGAACUAUUACACCAAGUUGUAAUGAAGACCUGGAUGCAGAGCUUCGUAAACAAAAUCCAGAGUGGGGUCUUCCAGACAUCGACGUGUUGAGACAGUUGGCCUAUGGGAACGGGAUGCGUAUGGAGAGGAUGAUUGAGAUGGAAGAUUAUUACAAAUGCCUUGUCUUCAGAAAACUUUAA